GAGCAAGAAAGAAUGGUCAGUUUCGCACAUUCCACUCGUCUUCUCUCUCUAAAACUCGCUCUCUUUCUCUCUACUUCUGUUAUCGGCGAGCAAGCUGAAGGUGUAGACAUUUUCCGAUUAACCGGUGAUCGGAAGAUAUGAAAGAGAUACGUCUUUGUCGUAUCGGCUCGUGUCGGUGUCUCUUAAGCACACAACAACACUCUCUCCUCCAUCUACGACUUCUCUUCUUGUUCGUCCCAACCUAAUUCAUCAUCAUCCCCGAAAUGCCCUUCACUUCUCCACAAAUUCCAAUGGAGUCCCCUCCGAUUCUCUCUCUCCUCACUGACGAUCUGCUACUACGUGUACUAGACAGACUCGCCGAUGACUCGGACCGCAAAUCGUUCCGAUCCGCCUGCAAGGCGUUCCUCCGAGUCGACUCGCUCCACCGAACCACCCUCCGAGUCCUCCGCACCGAGUUCCUCCCGGGUCUGCUUCGCAAGUAUAAGCAUAUCAAGUCUCUCGAUCUGUCCGUGUGUCCGCGAUUCGAUGACGGUACGGUGGCGAUGCUGAUGAGUGGUGGCGGAUCGGCGAGUUGGACUCGGAGGCUGAGGAUUCUGGUGUUGAGUCGGACCACCGGGUUGAGAUCGGCCGGGUUGGAGAUGCUCACCCGGUCGUGCCGGUGUUUGGAGGUGAUCGACGUGUCGUAUUGUUGCGAGCUUGGUGACCGGGAGGCCGCGGCGCUAUCGUGCGCCGCGGGGCUGAGGGUUCUGAAGAUGGACAAGUGCUUGCGUGUCACUGACGUUGGGUUGGUUAAGAUAGCCGUUGGAUGUGAAAAGCUCGAGAGACUGAGUUUGAAGUGGUGUCUUGGGAUAACUGAUCUUGGUAUCGAUCUUUUGUCUAAGGAAUGUUCUUGCUUGAAGUUUCUUGACAUAUCAUAUCUUAAGAUUACAAGUGAAUCGUUGCGUUCGAUUGCCGCCAUGAAGAAGUUGGGAGUUUUGGCUAUGACUGGGUGUGGAUUAGUGGAUGAUGCUGGCUUGGAUUUUCUUGGAAAUGGGUGCCCUUCGCUUAAGGUACUGGAUGUAUCGAGAUGUGACAAUGUGAGUUCAUCUGGCUUAGUUUCUGUAAUUAGAGGACAUAGUGGUCUGAAGAAGCUCAAUGCAGGCUAUUGUUUUUUUGAACUUUCCAAAACCCUUCUCUGCUGCUUGAAGGACUUGAAGAAUCUGAAUACAAUUAGAAUAGAUGGGGCUCGAGUGUCUAACUCUAGUUUUCAAAUCAUCAGCAGUUACUGCAAAUUUUUGUUUGAAAUUGGGCUGAGCAAAUGCAAAGGAGUAACAGACUUUGGCAUUACACAGCUAGUAUCUGGAUGUGCCAAUUUGAAGAUCCUCAAUAUAACAUGCUGCAAUUCUAUUACUGAUGUGGCAAUAUCAGCUGUAGCGAACUCUUGUAGAAAUCUUUUGUGCCUUAAGGUAGAGUCCUGCAAUUUGCUCACUGAGAAGAGUCUGGAUUGUCUUGGAUCAUGUUGCCUGCUACUUGAGGAGCUUGAUCUGACAGAAUGUUCUGGCAUAAACGAUGCUGGACUCAAGUAUUUGUCUAAAUGUUCAGAACUUCUAUGCUUAAAAUUAGGACUUUGUACAAACAUAUCAGACAAGGGAUUGUUCUAUAUUGCUUCUAACUGCACAAAGAUCCGUGAACUUGAUCUAUACCGUUGUAUGGGAAUCAGCAAUGAUACUUUAGCUGCUAUAUCAAGUGGUUGCAAGAAGUUAAAGAAGUUAAACUUGUCUUACUGCAGUGAGAUUACUGACAUAGGUAUGGAGUACUUGAGCCAUCUGCGAGAACUUUCUGAACUGGAACUUCGUGGUCUUGUGAACGUCACAGGCACAGGUUUGACGGCACUUGCAGCAGGAUGCAAGAAUCUCUCAGAAUUGGAUGUAAAGCACUGUGAGAAUAUUAAUGAUACGGGAUUUUGGGCUCUUGCAUACUACUCAAAGAAUUUGCUACAGAUAAAUGUAAGCUGUUGUGCAAUUUCGGAUAUGGGGCUGUGCAUGGUGAUGGGGAACUUGACUCGUCUGCAGGAUGCGAAGCUGGUGAACCUCACUAACGUGUCGGUGAAAGGGUUUGAGGUGGCGCUUAGAGCCUGCUGUGCCCAGCUCAAAAAGGUGAAGUUGCUUGCUUCUAUUGGAUUCUUGCUUUCCCCAGAGCUACUUGAGACCUUGAGGUCAAGGGGUUGCAAGAUUAGAUGGGAUUAGAAUCGUCCCACUAAAACCAUUAUACAAUAAAAGUGGGGAUCUUCUCAGCAUGGACGUGAAUAAAAAAGGAUUAGGCCUAUGAUGAAGAAUUAUUAUUCGAAAAACCGUGUAACACGGUUUAUUUAUGAUUGAAAACCCUAACAAGAAUCUCAAAUGAGAGAAUUUAGAACACGUGUUUAUGUAUGUGAUAUUGUCUUUCUUUGCCGGAAAACUUUAUAUUAUUACGUGUUUAUGUAUGUGAUAUUGUCUUACUUUGCAGGAAAACUUUAUAUUAUCAUGGGAUUUUUGGGAGAGUAGGAAUGUAGAUACAUUGUAAUAUCUUUUGUUGAAAUGGGAAUCAUUUUCAUCUUUUGAGUUUGCUAAUGACAAUUGCUUUAAUUA